GGCUGGUUAAUAGGUCUAUAGUUGGGAGCAACAUCUGCCAUGUUUCCGUGGCCAUGGUCAAAAUGUUCAACUGUCAACAAUCAACACCAAUAUGGUACAGGAACUAAACGUUCUGCAAUGUUAUUCCUGCAAAAUGUUUCAGGUUCAUAUCGUCAAAAAAGCGAAGAAAUGGCAAUGCAAGAUAUGCAACGAGAUGCAAUCUAUACAACAUGUUUAUUAUCAAGGUUCUGGUCAAGACUGUCGUCUUCAAGUUCAACACUUAAAUUUGAUGAAAAAUACUGAAAAUCGGAGAAAGUUUGACAUGUCGGAUGUAUCAAGUGAAACGGAAGUUAAGGAAAAACUUAUGACAGAAAGACCUACCCCACAUAGUAAAUGGACUAAAUAUCUUGUAGAAACUGCAGAAAAACCUUGUGAAACAGAUUUAACUAAUGAUAACGAAACAUUAAUUGGUAACGAUUUAGAUGAUGAAGAACAAGUAGUAUCGUUCCUUUUUGCUAACAAUAAAAUGAAAACUUCAAUUUCGACAAGGUCACAAGACCGAAACACAAACUUUUCCAGUUUAAGAAAUAGAACUGAAAAUAACGAAAACGAAGAAUUGCUGGAAGGCAGUAUCGCGUUGAGCGCUAAUACUCAUAUACGGAAUGAGACUAAUGGCAACAUAGAAUUAACGGAUCAUUUCAAACCGGUAUCAUUAAUAGAGCAAAGCGCUAGUGGCAGUCAAAAUUAUUUUGGUCUGAAUGAAACCAGUAAUAUACCGCAAACCCAUGCAAAAAGAAAGUUUUGUCCUGAAAAUGGCAUACAUGAUGAAUAUGAGUCUAGGAAUGAAAACAAGAUUGGGUUGAAUUUUUGUUUACCUCAACCUGCAGAUAUGACUUUUAAGCGGUUGAAAAUGGCAGAUGAUGUUCCAUUUCAAAAAGGAAAUCUUCGCAAUGUAGUGGAACCACCCAGCUCUAAGUGCAAGGAAAUUUUUGAAAAAUCAGUUAAAAAUAACUCAAUUAUUAAAAAAGAUAAACCACUGUUGAAAGAAAGAAACUGCAGUCUUAAUGCAAACCAGCCACAAGUUCCUAAAUACGGGAUUAAAAAAAAAUCAUUCUUUGAGACAAAUUCUGAUGACUUUGACGAUAUUCUUGAUUUUUAGUUACCGUAAAUAUAGUUUCACAAUAAAGUAGAAUACAAAGUAUAAUUUUGAGACGAACGAUUGACAGUAAUAGAUUGCUUCAAAGGGAUUUUUAUACUUUUAUUUGAAAUAUAUAGAUGUUUACGUGUUAAAGCCAGGCUAUAAAAUGAUAGUUGUUACAAGUUUCUAACAAAAAAGAAAAAAAGAAACAACUCAAAAGCGUUUAAUUAUUGGUUUCAAUGGUUAAACUAUUUUCACAGAGAAAUGGGUUAUUAUUCUACAAUUCCUAUUAGAAAUAUAAAUUACAGAUUUUUUAGCCGUCUAUGUAUGUAUGGUAUGUGUAUAUAUGCCGGUAUUGAGCCUUAAUUUGUUAACUGGUACCAUACGUUGCGUAAUUAUCAUUAAUAAUCAGUUAGCAGGUGGAGGACCCGCUUCGUUAUUAACUUAUUUAUAAUGGCACAUAGAAUGGCAUAAAUAUUUUUGUAUGAUAAAUUUAUCGUGCGAGAGGUAUCAGUUGCGAAUAUUCCAAGGUCAAGAGAAUUUCAAUUGAAAAUCAUAAAAGCUGGUUAACCAAAUAGAUUUUAUUACUUGCAUAAAAAUAAAACUACGGCCAAACCGAGCUCGUGAUCAAUCAUAUGGCAGUUAUAAUAUAAUUUAAAUAAUUCGAAAAAUUCAAUGAACUUUCGAAUCAAGUUUUGAAAUCAAUUGAAAAUCCUAGUCAGAUAUAAUAUAUAUAUAUACAGUCUUAUUAUAGAGUUACAAUACACAUAUUUAUUUUCUAGUUUAUGGGAAAGUGGGUAAUAAUAUAUCGUAUAAGGAUGCAUAUUUACUUUUCCAUCGAAUAAUAUCUCUGUAAAAUUACAAAAGUAUAAUGAUUGUUCGAAAUGCUUCUGGCAGUGCGUCAUGACAGAGAAAUUUCCUUUCAUGCCGCUUUGAAGAACGGAUCAUUGGAAGAGUUGAUCAAAAUUUCAAGAAUUAGAAAUGGCAGCGUACAGUAUAAACAACGUUACGUGUUUUUUCAAAAGUAACGUUUUAUCACUCGCAUUUUGUGACGGUAGAAUUAUCGAUAAAUACAUUUUUUUUAAUUAACUUCGUUAAUAACUA